CGGCUGGGACACUUCUAUUCUAAGGUCCCCUUGCCUGCUUGGGCUGGUUGAAUCAAAUAAUGGGCUUAGCGGAUCCUUCGCGCUCAGAUCUAAGCUCUGGCUACUCAUAAAAUCAAACGAGGGCUGCGAUCUGAGAACUCAGCAAAUUUAUAUAGGUAUCUGUAGUCACCUAUUAUUCUACUGGGCCGCAAAUGAAAAAUUAACCUAUUGAAAAAAUUCUGGCUACAGGCAGGAGGGACGCUGAGAGCGUUGGUCUAGAAAGGGUAGAUCUGUUUU